AUGGCCAGCCUGCAAAAAGCCGCCAACGACAGCGCAUCCAAAGCCACCAGCUCUGCUUCUGCCGACCAACCAGAAGAAACCCCCAGCUCCGAGGAAAUACAGAAAGAAUCCACUACCGCAGCCCAAAAAGCCCUCGACCUCGAGAAACAAGCCAAGGAUCUUACCAACGCAGCAGCCGCAGCAGCAGACCCGGACGAGCGACAAAAGCUACUCAACCAAGCCUUAGCCAAAACCAUCGAAGCCCAGUCCCAUGGAAAAGUCGCAAAGUACCUUUCCUCAGGCGCGUUUCAGGGAUUCUUAGCUGGAGGCGGCGUGGGUACUGGUGUGGGUGCUGGACUGGGUGCGUUGACAGGAACUUUGGUGGGUGGAGUGAGUUCGUUGGCGCUGGGAGGAGUAUUGGGAGGUAUUGGGUCUGCAGUGGGUGCUUUGCAUGGACCUUGGUUCAAGCCGGAGGAAAUUAUUGGAAAGGGUGUCAAUGCGUUGUCGGGGAUGUUGCCGGGGUGGAAGGCGUCGGAUGGGCAGAAGAAGCAGCUUGAGAAGAUGAUCGGGCAGGUUAAUGAGCAGAAGGCGCCUUCUAUGGAGGAGCUCCAAGUCAUGGCGACUGAGAGUUCAGAGAAGAAAGUUUAG